AUGCACAUUGCGAUCGAUAGCGGUGCGUACAUGACGGUCGAGAGCGCGGUCACUGCGCUGCUCGUCCGCCUCAAGACGCUCAAGUCGACGGCGACGGCGACCCUCGCGCAGCAGAUCGUGCUGGAGGGGCUGCCCCAACUCUUUUUUACGACUGCGCGUCCCGUCAUGAUUCCGGUGCUCAAUCCGCAGCCGUCGCCCAUGGCGCUCAAGCUCCCGCGCCUUGCCGACUGGGCGCCACCGUCGUCGUCGUCCUCGGCAUCGGUGCUCAGCGACGAUCAGUGCAUCGCGAUAUGA